CUUCUCGCCGCGUUCAAAACCCACCUCCUCCUCCUCCUCCUCCUCCUCCAACCUCUCUCCCCACCUCGCGCCUUUUUCGCUAUUUUCCUCUCUCUCCCAGCGCGCGGCCACCGCCCUCUUCUUCUUCCUGUUCUUCCACCACCACAUCGGCGCCGCCUGUCUCAUGUGGGCUUAGCCAUGACGCGGCUCGCCGUGCGCUCUCUGGUGGUCUUGUUCUUGACUGUGGCCUCGCCGUUUCUUGUUGCUGGUGGUGGUGGCGCCAAGCUCAACGCGUCGUCGUCGUCGUCGCCGCUGUACGGGAUCGAGUUCCCGCCGUUCAACGCCGGCGUCGCGGAUGGCGGAUGCGACGGGAAGCUGAUGGUGCAGGGGAUGGAGGAGGUGAGCCGGUCCCCUUCGCUGAAGCUGCAUAUGACCCACCGGUCCGCCGCCGAGGCCGCCGCGGCGGGCAGGACGAGGAAGGAGUCGUUCUUGGAUUCCGCGGGGAAGGACGUUGCCCGGAUCCACACGAUGCUCAGGAGGGUGGCCGGAGCAGGCGGAGGUAGGGCAGCGACGAAUUCGACGCCGCGGCGCGCGCUGGCAGAGCGGAUUGUGGCGACGGUGGAGUCCGGCGUCGCGGUCGGGUCCGGGGAGUACUUGGUGGAUCUCUACGUCGGUACGCCGCCGCGGCGGUUCCAGAUGAUCAUGGACACCGGCAGCGACCUCAACUGGCUGCAGUGCGCGCCCUGCCUCGAUUGCUUCGAGCAGCGCGGCCCGGUGUUCGACCCGGCGGCCUCCCUUUCCUACCGCAACGUCACCUGCGGCGACCCCCGCUGCGGCCUCGUCGCGCCGCCGACGGCGCCCAGGGCGUGCCGCCGCCCGCACUCCGACCCGUGCCCGUACUACUACUGGUACGGCGACCAGUCGAACACCACCGGCGACCUCGCCCUCGAGGCCUUCACCGUCAACCUCACCGCCCCCGGCGCGUCCCGGCGCGUCGACGACGUGGUGUUCGGCUGCGGCCACUCGAACCGCGGCCUCUUCCACGGGGCCGCGGGGCUGCUCGGCCUCGGCCGCGGCGCCCUCUCCUUCGCGUCCCAGCUCCGCGCCGUGUACGGCCACGCCUUCUCCUACUGCCUCGUCGACCACGGCAGCAGCGUCGGGAGCAAGAUCGUGUUCGGCGACGACGACGCGCUGCUCGGCCACCCGCGGCUCAACUACACGGCGUUCGCGCCGUCCGCGGCGGCGGCGGCGGACACAUUCUACUACGUCCAGCUCAAGGGCGUCCUCGUCGGCGGCGAGAAGCUCAACAUCUCGCCGUCCACGUGGGACGUCGGCAAGGACGGGUCCGGCGGCACGAUCAUCGACUCCGGCACGACGCUGAGCUACUUCGCGGAGCCGGCGUACGAGGUGAUCCGGCGGGCGUUCGUGGAGCGAAUGGACAAGGCGUACCCUCUCGUCGCCGACUUCCCGGUGCUGAGCCCGUGCUACAACGUGUCCGGCGUGGAGAGGGUGGAGGUGCCGGAGUUCUCCCUCCUGUUCGCCGACGGCGCCGUCUGGGACUUCCCGGCGGAGAACUACUUCGUCCGCCUCGACCCCGACGGCAUCAUGUGCCUCGCCGUCCUCGGCACGCCGCGCUCCGCCAUGUCCAUCAUCGGCAACUUCCAGCAGCAGAACUUCCACGUCCUCUACGACCUGCAGAACAACCGCCUCGGCUUUGCGCCGCGGCGGUGCGCCGAGGUGUAAGCCGGCGCCGGCGCCGGCGCCGGCCACGAGAGGAUCCACCAAUUUGAAGGUCCUCAUUUUGAUCGAAUUCGGGUUUAGGUGUGGCCAAAUUUGGGGCAAAUUUGGGUGUAGAAAUUUUGGGGGCGGAAAUUAAAGGUCAGGAGGAGGGGGUUGACACGCAAAGUUGUAUGUAGCACAAAGGUUUCGAAAUCUCCAAGUAACAGAGAUUUUUUUAGGAAUAAUUAGGAAUACUUUUUUACCAAAAAGAUUGCAGUUUGUAUACAGAUUUUGGUUCAAAACAUUUCGCAAGAAUUUUCUUCUCCAGCUUGCUCU